UGAAAUCUUCUGUUUGGCUCUUUUAUUUCAUCAUUUCUUCCUUUCGCUUUAGCUACUGUAUAUUCAAGAGCAAGUUUCAGAGUCUUGCAACUUUUUACUACUAUAAAUAACAUUAAUUCUCCUUGUACAGAAAUAUUUGAACUCAGCUCCAACACAAAUUAAGGAAAGACUGGAGUUACUUUUUGAAAAGGUAGUGACAUCUAUAGAGAUCUUGAUAUAUAUUUGUCAAAUUGCUGUCCGGAAAUGUAUUUGAUUGCAUGCUUACUGGCAGAGUAUGAGCACCUAUUUCACCACAACUUCUCCGACAACGAAGAUUAAGUUUAAAAACAGUGUUGCUAUUUAAUGGUGAAAGAGGAUUUCUCAUCACCCUCAAUUACUAUUGAGGUUAGACAUGUGCUCAUGCUACUUGACCCAUAAUCUUAGUAAGAAGGCAACAUAUUUUUUAGCAAACUUAAAGUUUAAGACACAUCAACUGUGAUAAUUCACAAUUAACUCAGUUGUGUUGGCAUUUUCAUAGUUGUGCUAAUCCCCAGCCUCCUAGAGUCUGUAAGGUAAGAUUUUAAAUGAAGAAAACUGUUUAUUAUGAUAGUAAAGGGCACAGGAUUCUGUGUAAGACCAAUUCCAAGCCCUGCCGUUUAGUCUUGUGUAACCCUGAAGAAGUUACUUAACCUCUUUAAGCUUAAUUUCCUUGACUGUAAAACAGGGUGGGUAAAUCCUCACAAUAAUUGUUACAAUCAUGAGAUGGGAAUUUUUUAAGUUUUCAAUAAAUGGUAGCUACUAUUAAAAAAUGAGAAGUGUCUCCCUCCAAACUGCAAGAUAGACCCAGUAGGUAUAUGAAAGUAUGUGUAUCAUAAGACUUUUAGAAGCCAGAACUUUUCAAGUCCCAACAAGUUGCAUAUUUUACUUCAUUUUAUUGUUUAAACUUUUAAUUUACUUGGUAGAAGAGCAACACAGAAAGGUGACUCUUUUUUGAUGGUGGUGGUGGCAAGGGGAGGUUGGAAAUGUGGUUGGCAGAUCUGCUUGAGCUGUGCAGCCCAAGAGCGGCCUCAGAGUCUUUUGCAGGGAACAACAAUUGCCAGUGUGGUACUUAGCACUUCUGGAAAGUUGCCCCGGAACUGAUAGAGUAAAUCCUCUUCCAUGUCUCCUCCCCUCCACCCCCGUAGGGUAAAAGAAAGAGCACUACUUCAAUACCGACACUAAAUUAGCCUAUGUAAUCACUCAAAGGUCAUUACAAGAAUUUGGCUUUCCUUUCAACAUUGUGCUGUGUGUCCUCCUGUCUGUCAAGGGAGUUAUAAAUAUAACCUAGGUUCUCAUUCAAAUAUUUUCUUUUACUAAGAAUUCCAUUCUUUGUGUAACAGACCUUUUGAGGCUGAAAAUAUUUUCUUAGAUAAAAAAAAGAUAAGCCUCACGUUUUGGAUUGUAUCUACAAUCCUCCUUCCACACUGACGAUGUGAAUACGAUAUAUACUAUCUGUCCAGCUGUGCUAACCAGGUUGACUGCCAGAUGGGUUGUUAUUUUGCCGGAGGCACCCUACGUCACUCUCUGAACUGCUUUCUCUUUCACAUUCUUGUACUUUUCCAGCUGACAGCCCAGAGGGUGGGUGCAGAUUCCACCAGCAGCUGCGGCUGAAAUCACGGUUCAGAAAUGUCAGAUAUCCUCCGGGAGCUGCUCUGUGUUGCUGAGAAAGCUGCCAACAUCGCGCGGGCAUGCAGGCAGCAGGAAGCUCUCUUCCAGCUGCUGAUAGAAGAAAAGAAAGAGGGAGAAAAGAACAAGAAGUUCGCAGUCGAUUUCAAGACCCUGGCUGAUGUACUGGUACAGGAAGUUAUAAAACAGAAUUUGGAGAACAAGUUUCCAGGCUUGGGGGAAAAAAUUUCUGGAGAAGAAUCCAAUGAGUUUACCAAUGAUUUGGGGGAAAAGAUUAUCUUGAGACUGUGUUCAACAGAGGCAGAAACAGUCAAGCUUCUUAGCAAAGUCCUUAAUGGUAACAAGUUGGCAUCUGAGGCAUUAGCCAAGGUUGUUCAUCAGGAUGUCUCCUUUACUGACCCAGCUCUGGAUUCGAUAAGGAUCAAUAUUCCACAGAACAUUUUGGGAAUAUGGGUGGAUCCCAUAGAUUCAACUUAUCAGUAUAUAAAAGGCUCUGCUGACAUCAAACCCAACCAAGGAAUUUUCCCCUGCGGACUUCAAUGCGUCACCAUUUUAAUUGGUGUUUAUGACAUACAGACAGGGAUGCCCCUGAUGGGAGUCAUUAAUCAACCUUUUGUGUCACAAGACCCAAACACCCACAGGUGGAAAGGACAGUGCUACUGGGGCCUUUCUUACAUGGGGACCAAUAUCCAUUCACUUCAGCUUCAUAUUCCUAAAAGAAACGGCAGUGAAACGCUGAGCCAACUGACUGAAAACACCAGCUCUGAAGCAGAAUCCCAUGGCUUUUCAGCUGUCAUUAGUACAAGUGAAAAGGAAACUGUCAAAGCCGCAUUGUUACAUGUAUGUGGAGAUAGCAUAUUUCGGGCAGCCGGAGCUGGUUACAAGAGUCUUUGUGUUGUGCAAGGCCUUGUUGACAUUUACAUCUUUUCAGAUGAUACCACAUUCAAGUGGGACUCUUGUGCUGCUCAUGCCAUACUGAGGUCUAUGGGUGGGGGAAUGGUAGAUCUAAAGGAAUGCUUAGAAAGAAAUCCAGAAAAGGAGCUUAAUUUGCCACAGUUGGUAUACCAUGUACCAAACGAAGGUGCUUCUGGAGUUGAUCAGUGGGCUAACAAGGGAGGACUAAUUGCAUACAGAUCAAGGAAGCAGCUGGAGACAUUCCUGAGCCUCCUCAUCCAACACCUUGUACCUGCAGAUACAAAUACAUAGAUAAAGUUUGACCUCAGUAUACAUUCAAACUGGACUGUGAAUAUAUUUCCCAUAUCUCUAUCUUCCUCUUUUGAGGAGCAUUUUUCAUUAUGUGUUAGAAUAAUUUUAAUUUCAAUAAAUGAAUGACAUUCAUACAGGAAUGAAGUUCAUGUGUGACAUUCUGAUAGUAUUAUUAGUUUUGCUUGAAACACUUCAAUAAAAUAUUGAAGAAAAAAUCCUGCUCAAUUAGUAAAACUACUAUAAACAUCUAAUUGAAAGGUGAAAUGUCACUGAAAUAAUAGGGAGAACGCAGUAUUGGGUGGUGCUUACAUUUUGUUUCCUGUCUUGUAAGAAAAAUCCGCAGUUUUAGCCUCUGUGGCAGAACAUUUAGAACUGUGAAUUUGCACAAUUUAGCCAAGUUCAUGUAUUUUCAACAGUUUUGUUAUGUCUCCUAGUUAUGAAUUAAAGCCUGGAGCAGUUUGGGCACCACAUGCAUACACACACACACAGACACCACACUCCUCUAGAUGAGGCAGAAUGGGAUGGAGCAAAUGUUUCUGCAGUUUUUACAUAUUUACUAUACUUCAUCAAAAAACAGAGGUAGGCUUUAAAUUUACACAACCCUGUGUCUACUAACAUCCCAUAUUGAAUGUUCUCUGAGGUGGACAUACAAGACCAGUAGUCAUUGAGACAAUUCUAACUUCUGGCAACCCCAGGUGUGUCAGAGCAGAAUGUGCUCAGUGGGGUUUUCAAUGGCUGAUUUUUCAGAAGUAACAUUGCCAGGCCUUUCUUCCAAGGUGCUUUGGGUAGACUUGAACUGCCAACCUUUUGGUUAGCAGCUAAGUGCAUUAACCAUUUGCACCACCUAGUGGACAUAUAGGGGACCACUUUUUCUAUUCUUAGCAGCCCCUAGUAGUGCAAUUGUUGCUAGUUGCUGUCAAGUCGAUUCCGACUCAGGACGACCCUGUGUGUGCAGGGUACAACUGCUCCAUUAGGUUUUUAGGUGUAGUUAAAACCCAAAACCCACUGCUGUUGAGUUGAUUUAGACUCAUAGCAACCCCACAGGGUUUCCAAGGCUGUAAAUCUCUACGGAAGCUGACUGCCACAUUUUUUCCCGCUGAGCCUUUGGUGGUUUUGAACCACCAAACUUUUGGUUAGCAGUCGAUUGCUUUAACCACUGCGCCACCAGGGCUCCUUUUAGGAGGGAUCAAAUACUCUCAGCUCUGAUUUCUGUCUGUCCUGCACUCCCUGGGGGCCAAAAGAUAUUUCUGCAGCAUCCUCUAUAUUUCUUCCCGGCUUUGAACUGGUUCGAAUCCCUGGGGAGAAUUUGAAUUUCCACCCCAGAUAUACAUAAUCAGAAUCCACAGUUUAACAAGAGCCUCAGGUGAUUCUUAUGUAUAAUGAAUUUUGAGAACCACUGCUGUACUAGUGGUUCUCAGAAUUGGUCCCUAACCAGCAACAUUAGCAUUGCCUAGGAAUUGUUAGAAAUGCAAAUUCUCAGCAGGGAUUCGAACUGGAACAACCAGUUUAGUGAUGUGGUUACAGUUUUUUUCAGGUCUGUAUUGUGUUCUGUGGAGCCCUGGUGACCCAGUUAUUAAGAGCUCAGCUGCUCACCAAAAGUUUGGCAGUUCGAAUCCACCAGCUGCUCCUUGGAAACCCUAUGGGGCAGUUCUACUCUGUCUUACAGGGUCGCUAUGAGUCAGAAUCAACUUGAUGGCAAUUUUUUGGUAUUGUGUUCUAUGAUUGUGGGCCGUCAAGCUGUAUAUUGCUAUCAUUUACAACCUAAUUUUAGAGGUUCAUUUUAAGUCAAGUGAGUUCAUUCUUCACAAAAAAAAAUUAGAAAUGAAAACACAGAAACUAGCCCUGUUUCCUCAUAUGUCCCAGAAUGGAGAAAUAGAACAUGGUUCAAGAAAAAGUAUUUUUAUCAGUAUGAACAUUUUAAAGUGUGCAAAUUAGUAAUAAAAUGCAGUGAAAAUAGUCAUCUUCAAUGUGAUCUAAACAGCUAGCUGGUUAAUUGAAAAAUAAAAGCUGGAUGAACUGGGAAUCAAAAAAUGAUGCAAAUACCUUGUGAACAUCUAUUAUAUACAUUCACUGUCAGUCUUCUUGGAAAGCUAAGGCUUCUUUAAGUGUGUGUCUGCUGAUAGGGGGUCUGCAUUGUUUUUCUUAACAUAAACCACACCAGUGAGCAUGACUUUUGAGUUCUUUUUUAAAGUGGAAGAAAAACUUCAGAAUAUUUACAAAGCAAUCUGAGAACAUAAUCCAUAAUCUGGAUUUUAUAAAUUUUCUCCAUUUUUUAAGACUCACCUUUAUCAACCCUUUCCAAUGCCUUCUUUUUUUUUGAAACUCAUGUUCCAUUAUUCUGCAUCAUAUUUAAUUAAACCAUUUAAUUAUAAAAAGUAUAAAUGAAAUACAGGAUUUUGGAAAGAUAUCAACAAUUCUUAGUAAACAUACAACAACUGAUGGGAACAAGACUUGAAGGUAGUGAUGAACAGGUGUAGAGAGUAGCCUCCUGGUGCCAUGAAGAUCCAGUGUCUCAUGCAUCAGUCAUUGUGUGUUACAGGGGAAUACACAGAGACCUUAAUCUGCCAGGUCAAUUAAACGGAGGACAGUAAAAAGACAGCUUCAGCUGCAUGUCAAUAAGAGCGCUCUCUGGGAUUCCAUGUCAGCAUUGAUGCAGUUCUCUCACAAUCCAAAUCAAAAACACACAUCCAGUCCACCUUCAAAAUAUAUCCAGGAUUUACCAAAGGACUAAUUGUCCACAGCUACCAAGGCCUCCACCGGACUGAGUCCAGUACAGCUAGAUGGUGCCUGCCUACCACAACUGACUGCUC